AACUCAUCUUCUGUUUCAUUUUCACCCGGACAAUAUUAGCUGCAACACCAAACAAAUUGUCAAUUUUAACACGUGCGGGACUUAUUCUGAAUGUAUGCGCGGUGUAUAAACAUUAAGAUAUUAUCAAUAUAAAUUAAAACGCAUACACCGAGACAGGAUGGUGGGGAAAAUUAAACGGGCCCGGCAGAAGCUCCACCACGGCGCUGUAAAGCUGGAAAAUGAGGCCGAAAACAAACCCAUGCUGGGGGGGAAUCUGGAGAAGAUACAGAUCAAGCCCAUCCAGCUCAUUAAAACAGAUUCAAAAGAGACCAAACUCAACACCUCUGACAGCAGUAUAAACAGUAAUUCAAAGGCGUUCAGUUUUCCCACUGGAGUUUUUGCUGGAACUAAAAUCUCCCCUGAGUCUUUAGUUCAAACGCUGAAGGUUGAUGAACCAAAGGUGACCAUAAGCAUACAGUCUGCAGGAGAACAGAAAGGCACAGGGGAAAAGAAACAACAGUCGAAGAAAGAAAAAAUAAAGGAGCGCAGGGAAAGAUGGCUUAACAAAAUCAGUGCGAUCAAACUGGCGCGUGAGCAGCAGGUGGCGCAGGCGCGGAGGAAGGCCACGCCCGUGGUGGGCGACAUGAGACCGCUGGCCGACGCACUUCCUGAACUCUCCCAGCUCCUCCCGCCUCUCACACAGUGGAAAAACAAAGCUUCGGUUAAGAAGAAACCAGAACCCACAAAUUUCAGCCAGAUGAACCCAGCCCAGAAACGAAAACUACUCGAGACGGAAGCAUCUCACUUCAGCGAAGCCAUGAAAAAUCCCAUCUUCAAGACCAACCCUUUAGCUGCGAUUGGUGAACACCUGCGAAAACGACUCAAACAGGAAGACGAACAGAGUUAAUCGCCACUCUGCAGCGCCGCCCUGUUGGUAGACGUAAAGAACUGUAUUUUAUUAUAUGCUGGAACCUCAAAACAAGCAAAUACAGUCAAACUGGUUUUAUACUUCAUAAUAGUACAUGAAAACAAAGAGGAGUCCCGAGAUUUGCAUAACUUGCUAUAUCUGACACCGCAUUAACACUAUGACGGAAACGGUUUAUCGCAGUUUCUCUGUGUUAUUUCGUAAAUGAGAUUGUGCAAAACGAAUUGCUUUAAUGAUCAUGUUACCAGAUAUUUAAUGUGUUUUUGCUCUUGGUAAGAUAAAAAUAAAUC